CCGACUACUUUAUAAAAUUUUCUGGCUCGGCCCGUGCUGACCUCUGGUAGUGACAUACAUUCUGUUUUUUAACGUAGAAUGCAUCAGAAUGUUUUUAAAAGCAAUUAUUCUCUGUUCUAAAAUUUUAUUUUCAACUCGUGUCCUCAUAGGGUUAAAUAAAUCUCCGUUCUGCUUCAAUAUAUCGAUGACCUCGUAAGAAAUUUCAUUACGUUGAACCUUCUAUUAAUGAUGUGUAUGCAUUUUCGCCCAUAUGAAACCUGAAGGUAAUUUCAUUUGUUAGGAAUAUCGUCUAUCACGUCUUACAAUUGCUUAGAAAAAUAAACAGUGAUUCAGUGCAUGAUUAGACAUUUAUAGAAGAUUUCUUUUAAUUAGUUUUGAUAAGCACCACCUUUCUAGUCACUUAAUGUUCAUUCGUCUAUAAGAGAUUGAGUGAAAGAGUGUAUACUAACAUCUAUUUCGUGGUAAAAGGUCGGCCUACACUUCUACAAUUCGUAGUAUAAACUGGCACUGAUGUUUUCAAUAUAAUAGAUUUUUUGAAUAUCUGAAAAUUGAUUGUUUUUUUGAUGAAAACUUUAAUGAGAGUUUGAAAGGAUGAAAAACAUCACUAAUCCAAGGUCAUCUUCUCUAUGUCUCUGUUCCAUGUGUUUGGUCACAAAAAAUAUUUGAUAAUAGUUAUAAUAUCAAAAUGUCAAACACUAACAAACAAACAAACAAAUAAAAAUAUAAUUCUUUAUAAAGCUUUUUUUCUCUAUGUAUUUGUUUAGUUAACUAAGAGAAACAGGUGUUUCUAUUUUAUAACUGAUCAGACAACAAAUUCUGUAUUUCUGUAUGUAUAUGGAUAUAUGUCAAGAAACUGAUCUCUAUAUAUAUGUAUGAAAAUAUUAUAAAAAAUAAUUGUGAAAUACAUCUUUUUUUGACUAGUUUUUCUCAUGUAUAUAUCACACGCUUGUGUAAAAGCAAAAAAAUGAAACAGUAUAUAUAUAUAUAUACCACUUUAGGGCUUAUAAAUAUGUUUUUUCAUGCAAAUUGAAAUCAAUAUUGGUCACAGGAUUACUAACAGAAGAACGCAAUAAACUGAAAUAUUCUAAUUCGUUAAAAACUAUAAAUUUUAAUUGUAGAGAGCACUAAUGGAAUUGAUACUAUUUUAAUGUUUGUAUAUCAACAAGUUUUGAACAGUUUUUUCUUCGAUCAGGUUGAAUUUGAUAAAAAAUAUGUUAUCAUGUUGUGUAACUGUCUCAAAACGUUCCAAAUGAAUCAUUUAUUACGAUAAGGAGACGAGAAAAAGAAAACGCGUCGAUAGAAGGAGAGAUAUAUGAAGCUGAAACGGAAUAAAAUAAAGAUUAUGACAUUGCGUAUUGCCUAUACUUUUUCUGCCUUUUUUUUAUUAAAAAAGCACACAUCGUAAUAAAAAACCUUCGUUGAACAAGAGAGAAAUCAAUUUUUAGGUAUGUUCUCGGUAGUUAUUACUCUUAUUCUACUAAAGAAUAAAAUUCAAGGUGACUAUUUUGUUUCUUUCGUUGAACAGUGUAUCGAAGAAUUUGAUGUCUAUAUAUAAAUAUAUAUGUUUUGAUUUAGAUACAAUGCAUUGGUUAUUUGCUUACUUCCAUAUAAAAUGCGAAAAAAUGGCGGAUCAACAACAGAUUUAAAUGAUCGUGAUAGAGCUCUAUAUUGUUUGAAACAAGCACACAUCGAUAACUUCAAAAUUGGGCGUACAAAGUUACUAUUUCGAUAUUGGCAUACUGAUCAACUUCAUCAUUUAUCCAAACAAUAUGAAAGAAAAGUAAAUGUUUGUCAAAAAGUACUACGCGGUUGGUUAACACGUCGAAGAUACAAUCGUCUAAGGGAAGUACAUCAUUUACAAUUGCAGUAUAUUAAAAAAUUUCUUAAUGAGGUUGAAACUAUUGGUAGUAUGUAUAAAACAAUCGUAUCCACACAUGUUCAAUAUGAUAAAAAACGGCAUGAUGAUCUAGCCCAUCAACAGCAACACAACAAAUACAACGAUAAUCAUCCGGAAUCAUCGUCAGUGAAUAAACGUGUACAACAACAGUCGACUGUUCAACAACGUAUCAUAGGGAAAGAAAAUAUUCAACGACCAAAAAUGUCAUAUAUUAAUGGAGGAGUAUUAAAUGGAAAUGAUGAUGAAGAUCAAGUACAAAAAACAUUAAAUUAUUUUGAUUCAAUUUUAGAUCAAUAUCUAAGUGAUGGAGAUGAUGAAAAUAGCAAAGAUCACCGAUCCCCUAAUGUCAACGGCAACGUAACAACAAUAAUCAAUAUCAAUUCACCGCCCUCUUAUCCAAAAAAACAUCAUGAUAAUGAAUAUCGUAAAUCAUCACUUCAACGUAAAACGAAGAGUUCAUCUAAUCAGGAUGUGAGCGUCUUACAUGUAAAAACACCAGAAAAUUUAUCAUCAUCAUAUCAUACACACAAUAAUGAUUUGGACAAUGCAAACAAUAGUAGAAAUAAUUCAAGAAGACUCUCUCAACAUCGUGUUGAUAUGGGUGCUAGUCAUUUUAAAGAAUUUCACGAUAUUCGAUAUCGAUUUGAACAAAUGACGAAUGAUAAUAGUCGACGUUAUACAUCGGAAAAUAAUUUAAGCGACAUUGGAGAAAUGACAUCAGUAGCAAGUAAUAAUAGUCGAUCAAGAAAAGAUGCGAAUAAUAUUAAACAACCUCAUAUGAAUUACGUUGAUGCUACUAAGACAACGACAACAUCCACUACGGAUGUUCCAUCUUGGAAAAAAUUGUCACCACAAGCACGUUUAAUGGCAUUAUUAGAUAAAACAAGUAGUUAUGAGGAAAAUAAUAGUAUAUCGUUAGUCGAUGGUAGUGUACGUCGUAAUCGAAAUAAUUUAUUAUCACAAGGAAAUAGUGCGAGUCUAAUCGAUUUGAGUUCGAUUGAUAAAUCGAAUUCAUCGUUUAUACAGCCGUUUGAACAACGUCCACGAUUUCGUUUUGUACCACCUGCUGGAGAAAAUUCAAUUCUACAAGAAGAACUAGAACCAUCAACAAACGAAUUACAACACACGAUGACAACGACAAAUAACGAUCAUUCAAGACAUGACAAAAGAAUACAGUUAGUUACAACAACGCCCGUUACUCAAGUUAAAGAUUUGAACAGUAAUAAUAAUAUGCGACAAAUAAAUCGUCCAACCACAACCUACGAUAAUAUAAUACAUCAUAAUACGAACAAUUUGCCAUCAUCCGCGACAUACGGUCUCAACAGCACUACUACAUAUUCAUCAGCACCAACUGCCCGAACAUUUAUUUCUGAAAUAAUGUCUCCAUGCGUAACGCCGCCACAUCAAAACAUAUCCAAUUCUAAUUUGAUAAGUCAAUCCACAAGUGCACAAAAUGGAUCUCACGUUAAUUAUACUACAAAUAAAAAUAUUGUUCCUCUUCGAAUAAAAUCCACUCUAUUUAGCCAUCAACAUGAAAACACGAACAGUGCUUUUAAACCUCAUCAAUCAUCUCCAGAUUCCUAUCAUCAACAGCAAGUAUAUCCAAAUCAGCACGAAGCAUCCAUCAUUCGAGUAGUAAAACCUCCACAAGUCACUCACAAUGGAUUGAAUAAUCAUCGAUCGUCAAAUGAACAACAAUCUCAUUUACGUCCAACAGUUUCAGCACACAAUGUAAUACAACAUCCAUUACUAGCAAACGGAAAAAUUGAACAAUUAUCAAACCGAACAAGUUUACAGGCUGUAAAACGAACAGAGUCUAUGCAUAAACCGGGUGUUCAUGUGGGCAUUACAAAUCCAACGCAAAAUGCGAAUACCAACGGACUUCUUACUCGACAACCUAAUUGGCAUCAGUCAUUGUUAAAUUUGAGCACUACCGAUUACAAUCCUAAUAGUAGUACGACGCCACCAACAACUGCCGUAAUCCUUUCUGGUUCACGAGGUUCGCUACAGUCAACAAAAACAGCUCCAAAUUAUACAAAUCAUCCAGCAUUUGUACCAAAAACAACAACGAAUGGGCAGAACAGUCAUAUAUCACCGCAGUCACAGGACAAUCGUCAAAAGAUUCAACAACGAAAAGCUAUAGACGAUCCAUUAAUUCAGUGGAUAAAGCAGUUAAAUGAACAUCAACCAAAACAAAACGGACAUGUUUCUCAACAUUCAUAUCCUCAUGCACAGCAGUUUUAUCAGCCAUCAAGUCAAGCAGCACCCUAUUCUUCAUCAACCCAUGAGCCACAUAUUACAAAUGGAGCAGGAUCAACAAUGUUAGGCAAUUCUGAUUAUUCUCAGCAAUAUUUAAACAAUACGAAUGUGAAUAAACAGUAUCCAUCACAACUGCAUAAUCCAACCCACUCGUAUCUUUCUUCUCCUCAACAACAAUUACUAAGAAAUCAUAAUCUUAUUUCUUAUUCGGAAAACGUCUAUCAUUUCGCAAAUAAUAAUAAUACUAAUCCACAGCACUUAUCAUCAAAAGUGAAUCCUCCUAUUAGAAAUAUGCCACGAAAUGAUCUAACAGUCACAACAUACUUAUAA